GCGCAUGCGCUGUUAGGAGGAAACGGCUGAGGUUGAUUUCGUACUGAGCCGAGUGAGAGAUAGAGAGUAAGCGGAGUUUAGGAUUCACGCUUUGAGUUAGCCAACUGAACGUGUUGUUGAAGCUGAAAGAGAAGAACACGAAAGGUCUGUAAUGACAGCAGCGUCAAGUAAAUUAAGUAAAUAAACACAAGCGGCAUUGCGCAGCUGAUAGCAAGAGAGGCGAUAGAUCCGAGAAAAGAAGAGAGGAAAAAGGGAUCGCCAGUCGGACUAACUAGUUGGGUUGCCCCGAAAGCGUGGACAAGGCUGUAAACCUGAAAAGACAUGGCGGAUGCUGACUUAGACUUCACAACUGGUGAUGCUGGUGCCUCUGCUACUUACCCCAUGCAAUGCUCUGCCCUGCGUAAAAAUGGUUUUGUGGUGCUAAAAGGUCGACCCUGCAAGAUUGUGGAAAUGUCCACAUCUAAGACUGGCAAGCAUGGACACGCCAAGGUUCACAUGGUGGGCAUUGAUAUCUUCUCUGGCAAAAAGUAUGAGGAUAUCUGUCCCUCAACCCACAAUAUGGAUGUCCCUAACAUCAAAAGAAUGGACUACCAGCUUAUUGGCAUACAGGAUGGCUACCUGUCUCUGCUCCAGGACAGCGGUGAGGUCAGAGAAGACCUAAAAAUGCCAGAAGGAGACCUGGGCAAAGAGAUAGAAAGCAAGUUUGAUGCCGGUGAGGAAAUCCUGAUCACUGUGCUGUCUGCUAUGAAUGAGGAGGCUGCAGUAGCCAUCAAAGCCAUGGCUAAAUAAAACACAGCAGGGUUUGACAAGAUGCAUUGGACCUGGAUAUGUGAGAAUUAGACCUCAGCAAUGCUAUCCUCCCUCCUUUUUUUCUUUCUCAUUCAUUCUUUAUUUCUUUUUCUUUUUGUUAUUUUUUAUUUUUAUAACCCUUAUACGAGUUCAAAAAGUAGAAAAUAAAUUUGAAAGGCAAAAUGUUCCAAGCAAAGUUAAAUUCUUAAGAAAUAAAAGGUACAUUUAUCAAAAAGGUACAAAUUAUCAAAAAAUGAAUAACAGAAAUAGAUGUUAUGAACAGUGGGCAGAAGUACCCUAGUGACGAUGGCUGGGGUGGGAAAAGGGUUUAUUUUUAUUUAUUCAUUUAUUUAUUUGGAAAGGGUGGCUGGGGGGAGGAAGGGCACCUCAUAACUCUUUACUAGCAUGAGUGUGUCUAUUUUUUUUAUUUUUUUUUUAUUUUUUUUAUAUAACUACCCCUCAUAUGUUCUUUUAAAUCACAGUGGUAAACAGCUAUGAGGUCUGUUAUGUGGUUAACUUUAUUUAUGAGCAAUUAUAGUGAAAAAAGGGAAGGGACAAACACUCAAGUGCAGAUUUUCCUGUAAAGGACAGAUACAAAGGCAAUGACAUGAUAAAGGCAAGUUUUGUGUCUUCACUACAGGACCAAGUGCUCUGCUUAACUUCCCUUUUAUCUUCUAGUAGCUUAAAAAGCAAAAGACAAUAUCUCACAACCUGGUGUAAUAGAUGGAUGAUGCAGUAAGACUCUGGAUCCUUUUUGGCUCCUCCUCUUAUCUUCCCACACUCCCUCUCCCCCGAUGAGACUGAUAACAAAGGGGAAGGCAGCAUCACCAUUUUUUCAAAAUUUCCCAAGUAUUGGCUGUCUGAGUAUGCUCUGAAGUGGAAGGAUGUCCCAUUAGUCUGAGAUCUCUUGUUGAAAUUAACAGACACACACUUCUGCCUAUAAUGUACUCAGUCUUGGCCUGUAGUGCUUUGCUCAAUGCUUGCUGUUCAUGUUUGAAGGACAAACAAUCAAGUCCCACAAUUCCUGUCUUUAAGUUUGAGGUUUGGAUAAAAUUUUGAAAAGGAAAAAACAAAAAGUAAAUUGUCCCCUUUAGAAUCAGUUGUAUCCUAUGCAGGCCAGAUUAGACUGUCAUGCACAUUACUCUUGACUUGACUACAGUAUGAAAAUGUCAGGUUUUUGUUUGUUCCAAUACUGUGAUUAAGACAAAAAUAAAUACAAAUCUGUUUUCUAACAAAACAACCCAACCUAAUAUUAAAAAAAGAGCACAUAUAAAUCA